GAAGAUCCUCAUCCUUGCUAAUUAGCCGUUAGCUGCUAGCUUUAGCUCACAACUUAGCCGCUUCCGUUUAGCGGCUUCGUCGCCACUGACACUCCUACUAACACUAUAAGAUCUCCGUAAUAAUGGUUGUUUUAUAAUGAAUAGUGCAUAAUUCGGGUGAGCCAGCUUCAUCCUUCAUUGAGCUAAAAAUACACCUGGCAGCCCGAUCUGAGCUAAUGUUAGCCACCAGUGACAGCUGCCAGUUUCUGUUACACAUACUGGCUGCUUGUUUGGGAAUAGUUACAGCAAAAAAAUGGCCGAGGCAGUCGCAAACGUAGCCCGUAGGAUUAAUGCGACAGUAGAGGAAGGCAAAGACUGCCUGGACCUGUCAAACUGCCAGCUCAUAUCCUUCCCGGACGGCGUGUUCAAGGUCCUGAGGACCGUCUCAGAAAACAUCCGCAUCAUCACGUUGGCUGAAAAUAAGAUUAAGGCCAUUUCGAGCAAAUUCUUUUCAACUUUUACACAGCUCAGAGAACUUGACCUGCAGGGCAACAUUCUCACCAAACUGCCAGAGGAGGUGGCGGAUAUGGAGCAUAUGACCAGCAUCAAUCUGGCUAAUAAUAGCUUCGCCGUCUUCCCUGAGAAGCUCACUGAAAUAGCCACGCUGGAGAGGAUUGACCUUGAGGGAAACAGCAUCACUGAAUUACCUUUAGAGAAACUCUCUGCCAUGCCAGCUCUCAAGUGGCUCAACGUGAAGUCCAACCCUUUGAGCUCCACCACUCAGUGUGCUCUCCAGUCGCCAUACAAGUUUGACGUUUUAUUAGAAACAGAGUGAUGAAAUAUGUGACAAAUAAUAUUACAGACUGGAUGCUGUGUGCCUUUAACUACAUAACUGGAAUGUGUUUGAGGACCUCAAAAUGGUAUAAAAAUGCUUGAAGAUAUCAUUAUGUUUCACAAGAAGAAGAGGCACAUGUAUAAAGAUGAGUGUUCAGCCCUGCAGCCUCUACUUUUGGAGCGCAAUCUGUCAUCCUUGAUAUGCAGUUGGACUCUUGGAUGUGUAAAAAUCUUCUUUUUUCUUUAAUAGUAUAAAAAUAAACCACACUCUUCUGACAGUGA